AUGGAGAAGAGCAGCUACACCAUGGCCAAGUUCGGUUUGGAAGCCAAGGAGGUGAUGCCCAAGCGGGACUGCGGGUUUUACGUGAAGUACAUCUUCCUCUUCACCUCCCUCAUCCAGUUCCUCAUCAUCCUGGGGCUGGUGCUGUUCAUGGUGUACGGGAACGCCCAGGCGGGCACCGACACCCACCUGCGGCUGCUGGAGGAGCAGCUCCAGGAUCGCUACAACAAGAUCAUCACCCUCAGCGGGAGGAACAUCAACCUGACCCGGACCCUCAACACCACCCUCAAGGAGAAGCAAGGGCUGCAGGUCCUCGUCCAGAAGGUCCAACGGGAACUGGAUAAGUGUAACAGCACCCAGGGUUCCAACCCUCUUCCCAAGCUGCAGGAGAUGAUGAAGGUCAUCUUCUACCAGAAGAUGAAGCUGGACGAGUGCCACAUGACCAUCAGCCUCAUCAACGCCAGUUGCAGCGCCGAGAAGGCGCAGCUGAGGAGCCAGCUGGACCAGGCAGCCCUGGCCAAGAAGGAGUUGGAGGAAAAGUGUCGCCAGGCAGGUGACACGCUGACCAAAGCCACCCAGGAGCAGGAGAGGUGCCAGCAGGAGCUGCUCACCACCACGGGCAGCUGCGAGUCCACUAGAACCGAGCUGGAGCUGCGGAAACACGAGUGUGGGUCCUUGAGGUCGGACAUAAACUACGUCUUCCAGCGCAUCAAGGGCAUGGGCAGCUCCUACAACUGCGACGCCUUGCAGGACCAGCUCAAGUGGCUGACCCAGCAGACAGAGGGACUCUUCCUCCGGCAGCAGGAACGGGAGACCAAGUACGUGGUGAAAAGCGUCUGCGACAUCAACAUCCAGCAGUGUCACGUCAACUGCUCCAGGGAGAAGCAGGAGUUGGAGAGGAGGCUGCAGAACGCCGAGAAGCAGGUCAAGGGUGGCCAAGAGGAGAAGAAGAAGCUGCUGGUGGAGAAGGAGCAGCUUGGCAGGGAGCUGGAGGAGAAGAGCAGGGUGGCCGUGCAGGCUGGGCACCUCAAGGAGCAGCUCACCAUCUGCUUGGGCUCCAAGAUGGAUCCCUUCUUUGACAUCACGGGCUCGCGGGUGCCGGGCAGCGCCGUGCGGCCGGGCCCCUUCAUCAGCACGGGCUCCUACGUGGAUGCUCUGAGGAACCAGGGGAUCUUCGGUAAUAUGGGGAAAAUCAACGCGGAGGAGAUCCAGCGCUCGGUGCAGAAGAUCAUGGAGCAGUACAUGUCCACCCAGAAGAGCCCCAG